GAAGAGUGGGGGUGCCAAUAGUAACUCCACAGUGUCACCAAAUAAAUAUUGGAGACGAAACUUGCUCAAGAGAGUAAAGAGACAAGGUUUUAGGAAGAGGCAAAGCAAAUAGAGGCGCAUCCUUGCAAUUUCCGUUCGAUUCACUCACUCCACAACAACACAACUAGAUUCGAUGGCGUCUAAGUUGAAGGCAUUGCAGUCGAAAGCAUGUCAAGCAUCCCAAUUGAUAUCAAAGCAUGGAAGUGGUUACUACAAGCAAUUGUUGGAGCAGAACAAGCAAUACAUUCAAGAGCCUGCUACUAUUGAGAAAUGCAACCUUCUCGCUAAGCAAUUACUUUACACACGCCUUGCUAGCAUUCCGGUUCGUUGUGAGGCCUUCUGGAAGGAACUUGAUUAUGUCAAGCAUUUAUGGAGGAACAGGCAAGACUUAAAGGUUGAAGAUGCAGGCAUUGCUGCUUUGUUUGGCUUGGAAUGCUAUGCAUGGUAUUGCGCUGGUGAGAUUGUUGGAAGGGGAUUUACUUUCACCGGUUACUCUGUCUGAAAAUAGCCACUUCCAAGUGUAGAUUUUUGCAGUCCUAUAUAGGCGCAAUGUCGUUUUAUACACUCGAAUAUGGGCAUUCCGCAUGGCAAUAUGUUAUUCUGAUUUUUAUUUUUACUUUGACAAAACAUGGUUGAGUAACUAGUGGUUAACUUUGAUAAGCCUCAAUAACCCCUUGUACUUGAAGCGGGAAGGACCUUGCAUUUUGCUCUUAUAUCAUGUUGGAAUGUUGGAAAGCUUGUGGUGCUACUUGUCUACAAUGGUGAUCCUGCAAUUUUCAAAAUAAAUGUCGCAAAUUUUGGAAAUAAUAUUAUUUGUUUUUUUAUUGCUUCGUACA